GUGGAACGCUGGGUCCGGGUCGAAUAACGAGGGACAUACACCAAUAACUGCAGCCCACGUCACACGCAAGUGAACUAGACAAGUACUUAUCAUGUCAUACCCUCCGUUACCCAACCAGUCGCCGCAUCCACCAGCGGAUGGUGAAAACUGGAUGCAAGCCCCCCAAGGCCCAGCAUACUGCCCUCCUGGAUUGGAAUAUCUGACCAUGAUUGACCAGCUCCUCGUUCACCAGAAAGUAGAGCUACUUGAAGCUAUGACUGCCUUUGAAACGGCUAACCAGUACUCGGUCAAGAACAGCAUGGGUCAGAAGAUCUACAGCGCCAAAGAGAGCAGCGGAUGCCUCGUGAGGAACUGCUGCGGCCCCAACAGGCCCUUCGACAUGAAAAUCCAUGAUAACUUUGGAAAUAUGGUCAUUCAUCUCCACCGUCCGUUCGCUUGCCAGAGCUGUUGGUGCCCAUGCUGGUUACAGACCAUGGAAGUGACCGCACCUCCUGGAACCUUGGUCGGAACUGUGGAACAGGACUGGAGCAUCUGGACUCCUCAUUUCAGCAUUAAGGAUGCAGCUGGCAAUGUUGUACUUAAGAUCAAGGGCCCCUUCUGCACUUACAGCUUUUGCGGCGAUGUCGAGUUUAAGGUCCUGUCUGCCGACGGAAUAAGGGAAGUGGGCAAGAUCUCGAAGCAGUGGUCAGGAAUCGUCAGGGAAGCUUUCACUGACGCUGAUAUUUUCGGCAUUUCUUUCCCCAUGGAUCUGGAUGUGAAGAUGAAGGCAGUGAUGCUCGGCGCCUGCUUCUUGAUUGAUGCGAUGUACUUCGAGAAGAAGGGGAAAAAAGUGUUACAUGACUGUUUCGGGAUACAUGGAACUAACUAAUUUGGGAACAAACCGUGUCACAACGGCCGUCGGCGCCGGAAAGCCCGCGGUUGCCCCCGCUAUUUGCAAAUUCUAGCUUCAACUGGCCGCUGUGCGUCGCCCUGAAGCCGGACACUGGCUAACCCUUCUUACCAAAUGGGCUGUCAGCGUAGUCUUGUCAGAAGGGCGAGUACAAGGGAGAAUUACGUUAGGUAAUUAAUGUUAAGAUGACUUACUUGGGGCAAUCUUGGCAUUAAUUACACAACUCAUUCAUUGCACUCAGGUUAUUUAUUAGGGAAACUCGUGUCUCGCAGACUCGGCGGCUCUAUUAUACAAUAUAGAAUGAUCCACUUCUUUGCUCGCAUAUUGAGCGCAACAAAGUGGUGGCUAAAUAAAUAUAACUGGGGGGUGGACAAUAAUUGUAUCCGCCACUGCAAAUUAGGGCGACGGAGUGGGAAUGCUUUAAGUGUCAAUUUUUACCCGAGUGAAGUACACAGAUAAUUAUAAAAUUUUUAAACUGCUUCCUAGUGGCAAUUUUUUUGAAAUUUCUUUAGGAAGCAAAAUAUUAAUCACUGAUUUACAGAUUACAAUUGCACUAAAAAUACUAACUAAGUCUAACGUUUUGAAUAUUUCUAAUUCCUAUGAAAAGUUUGAUAUUAUUCACUGAACAACACAUAAAAAUCGAUUUUUCUCUUGUCUAUUUUUGUUAACACCUUUUAUGCUCUAAAAUUCGUUCAUGAGCAUGAUUAAAUCUUAUUUGUUAGAUGUUUACGCUAUCGUUUGCAGCAGUUUAUGCUGACAAGAGAUGAACACUCUGUCAGAUGGCCUUAAAGCUCUGGUUCAAGCUCUCUAUUCCUGUCAAAUACUGACAAAAAUAUGUGUCUUAAAAAGAUCACAAUUCAUCGUGAUAUUACAAUUUACAAUAUAUUAGUGUAAAAUUAUGAUUAUAUUGCAUGUUGCGAAUUUUAUAACAUGGGAGCUAUACAUAUACAAUGUCGCUGUCGCGCAGAUUAUGGAAUACCGUCAAAUCUGUUCAUAUUUUGUCCAAUGAGUCGAUACGAAAUGUUAUUCAAUAAAAUAUAUAGUUCAAAACAUAA